GGUGCUUUCCAUCAUGCACACUGUGGAUUAGUUAAGGUGUGUGUGGCGUGGCUUCUCACUCUGGAGGUGAAGUUUGAGCUGAAAGCAUAUUUUUACUGCAAGCAUGAGUGCCGGAGGAACUCCUUACAUUGGCAGUAAAAUAAGUUUAAUAUCCAAGGCACAGAUUCGUUAUGAGGGCAUUUUGUCUUCUGUGGACACAGACAGGUCCACAGUUGCUUUAGCAAAAGUUAAAUCUUACGGCACUGAAGACCGGCACACAGUUAGACCAGUGCCACCCAAAGAUGAAGUUUAUGAAUUCAUAAUCUUCAGGGGCAGUGACAUAAAAGAUAUUACUGUGUCUGAGCCACCAAAACCACACCAUGGACUUCCUCGGGACCCUGCUAUUGUUCAGUCAUCAAUUGGCAGCUCCUCUGCAAUGUAUCACCCACGCUGGAGUCCUUACAGAGACAUGAUGCCCACCUACAAUCAGCUGGCUGCUAGCUCUCUACUCAACCAGCAGUACAGUGCAGCACUGGGACUAGGACUUUCAGGCCAAGCCAGAAGAGCCCCUAUGGUUGAACAGGCUGUCCAGACCAUGCCUUUGGUCAGUGCUGCACAGAAAAAGGGAAAGACUACAACCCAGCCACAGAACAAACCGCUGGUGCGUCCAGUUCAGCGGUCUGGACAGGCUGGUGCCCAGGUUCAAAAAGAGAAUAUACCCACCAGACAGGCACCAUCUCAGCCAAGUGCUGCCUCAGCUGAAGGCCAAAAUACAGGAAACCAGAAACUAAGGCAGAGACAAGGCAGCCGCAGGUCCAGGAACAGAAGCAGAGGCCAACUAAUAGUGAAAAACACAAAGGCUUCAACUUUGGCAUUUGAGUCAGAUUUUGAUUUUGAAAGUGCAAAUGCUCAGUUUAAAGAUCUUACAAAGCAAAAUGUUGUUGAUAAGAAGUCUUGGGAGACCCAGGACAGCCCUCCUGAACAGGAGGAGGAGCCUCUCAGAGAUAAGUACUAUGACAAAGCCAAGUGUUUCUUUGAUAACGUCUCAUCAGACCUAAAGCCCAGGAGGACCACCUGGGCUGAGGAGAAAAAGUUGAACAUAGAAACAUUUGGAGUUCCUGGUCGCUUCCUGAGAGGCAGAGGAUUCAGGGGGCGUGGACGCAGAGGGCUGAACGCCACUGAGCAGCGAGCGCUUCCAAAAGUUGGUAGUGGCAGAGUGUGAAGGAUUUCCUUUUGUUAAACUGUUGUACAUACUGUAGUUUGACUUGUUUAAGAGGAACCUCCUUGAGUUCAAACCUCUGCAACAGCACUCAGUGAAGGUUUUGUUUUUUGUUUAUCCCAAAUGCAAAUUUGUAUUUUGGAUCCUUACAUGAAAUGGGAGAGCAGUUUCUUUUAAUCCAGCAACUGUGCACUUAAAAAAAAAAAAAAAGCAAUAUUGUUACUUAGUUUAAAACAUGCGAUGUGGAAUUUGUGGGGUUUUUUUUUUUGGUUUUUUUGUGUUUGUAUAAAGUUACACAUACUUGGCUGUUCAAAUGUAAUCCAAAUGGGUUCUGGAAGACCGGUUUGUCAAAAUGGACAACUGUAGUUUUGUGGUUUGUUUUGGCUUUUGCUUGUUUUGGGUUAGUUUUCUUUCCCCAGUUUGAUAUAAAAACUGAAAACGCAUGUGGCACAGUAAUAAAUAUGUGAUUAACAA